UUUGUGACUAGAAUUUUUUUUUAGAGGAAACGUUUGUUGUUUUGUUUCUUGUAAAACCGAAUGAACAGACGCUCAGGCAGAACGCGUUGCAUUAAAAACCAUAUUGACGGAGCGCAAUGGAAUGGAACGGAUCGCAGUGCGAUGUGUUUUGAAAUGUUUAACUUUUUUUUUUUUUCUGACACGCCGACUUAAAAACGCAACGCUAAAAGAUUUACGCCUGAGAACAAUUACAAUUGUGCAGACGGGAUGUAGCUAAAAACGCGUCCUGUGCACGCGCCGCCUAGUAAUAUUGUUGAUGUGUUUCUUUCACAGGUGAUGGAUUUAAAAGAUAAAGUGGCCGUAGUGACCGGAGGGGCCCAGGGUUUGGGGAGAAGCUUUGUCGACAUACUCCUAAAAAAUGGCUCAAAGGUGGCCAUCAUUGACGUAAAUGAAUCACUGGGAAAUGAAUUGAAGGCGGCACUUGAUAAGGAAUAUGGACCAGACAGGGCUGAAUUUUAUGCUGCCAACGUCACAUCAGAGGAGGAAUUUAAAGGAGUUUUUCAGAAAAUUGUGGAAAAAAAUGGCCGCAUAAACAUUGUGUGCAAUAAUGCAGGGGUCAUCAAUGAAAAUGACUGGGAGAAAGCUAUUGCAAUAAACCUGGGAGGAGUGAUCAGGGGAACGUUUCUGGCUCUAGAACAUAUGAGGAAGGACAAUGGUGGUAAUGGAGGAGUCAUUGUCAACAUUGCGUCUAUGGCAGGUCUGGGUCCUCUGCCAAUAGCGCCCAUAUACACUGCAACUAAACAUGGAGUGAUGGGAUUCAGCCGUGCUAUGGCAGCUGCUUCCCAAUUGGCCAACUAUGGGGUGCGGAUCAACAUCCUGUGUCCCGGUUUUGUGAAGACAAACCUUCUGUCAUUACUGAGUUCAAAAGAGCAUGUUGGAAGGUUUUUUGAAUUAAAGGAUGUGACAGAGCAUUUGAUGGAGAAGUACGGCUUUCUGGAGGCUGAUAAUGUUGCCAAGGCUUUCCUUGUUCUUGUGAAAGACGAGAGCAGGAAUGGAGACGCUCUGAUGGUUCAUGCUAAUGGUGCAGGUUUCAUUUCUUUCCCUCAAGAUACCAAUGAAAUUCCUUUUACUACAGUCAGCCUGCAGUAGCCAAUCAGCUUCUACUUCUGCCACACCUUUCUAAUGCCACUGCAAAAUCGGGUGGAUUUGAGAUUAAAGGCUCCACCCGAGCUUGAAGACUUUAUAUAAUGAAGAGUCUUAUAGGUUUUUUUAAAAAAAUGUAUGCAAUCUUGGGAUUAAUCGCUUCUGCUUGUACAGUAUAUUCCCAUUUUGAAGUCCUUUGCUGACAAAACGUCAACCCAAUUAAAUGUAAUGCAAGUUAAGACAUGAUUUAUAUUUGAUACAAUUUGAUUUAAAAAAAUAAAUACAGUCUUGACAAAAUUAAAUAUGAUUUAUUCUGUUGUUAAAACUUACUGUAUAUGUAAUCUGUAUUAAUGCAUUCAUAUUUAAAAUGUCAGUUUAUUUCAAUAAAUAAGCUACUAACAUUAUGU